AUGACCCCCGCGCUCGCGCUCGGCGUCGGCGCGACGCGCAUCGCGAACGUCGUCCCUCGCGGCGCGACGCGCGACGCCGAAACCGCCGCGGGAGGCGGCGCCGCGCGUCGACGUCGUCGUCGUCCAUCGGUCGCGAUGCGCGCGUCCGGCGCGUCCGCCUCCUCCUCCUCCUCCUCCUUCGCCGAGCCGUCGCCGUCGCCGUCCUCCCCAAGCGAUCCCUACCCGCGGCUCGCGGUCUUCGACCUCGACGCGUGCUUCUGGAACGAAGAGAUGUACACGCUGCGACAUCUCGUGGACGCGUCCGCGGAACAAGUCGUCGGCGAGCUCGGCGACAGCGGCCUCGAGGGCGUCGUCGGCGCGCGAAGCGGCGCCGACGUCGUCAUCCGCAUCCACCCGGGCGCGAUGCGCGCGCUGCAGCGCUUCCACGCGGGGGAGUACCCGGGCAUGCGCAUCGCCGCGGCGUCGAGCGCGGACACGCCGCUCGCGGUGCGCAUCGGACGCAGCGCGCUGGACGUGUUGGAGAUUUUCCCGGGGGUCACCGCGAGGGAGGCGUUUUCAAUCGGGUGGCCGGCGGGGUUCGAGGGGAACCUCCAGAUCGGUCGCACGCCGCCGCUGUCCAGCGAUAAGGCGGCGACGCACUUCCCGAUCCUGCGACGCGAGACCGGGAUCGCGUACGACGAGAUGCUGUUCUUCGACGACUGCAACUGGGGCGACCACUGCGGCGCGGUGGCGCGCGGGUGCGUGGAGGCGCGCAGCGGCGAGGGACCGGUCGUCGUGCGGACGCCGCGAGGGUUAGGGAUAGACGAGUGGGAGCUCGGGUUGGAGCGGUUCCGGCAGCGCGUCGAGGCGCGCGCGGAGGGCGCGACGAGGAGGUGAGCGUUGAGUAAGCGAGAUAAUAAUGUUGAUAAUCAGAUUAUGACUCAUCAUCAUUAAAC